AUGUCAUAUCCAAGAGCUACCUGCCUCAAUAUUAAUGAUGAAACGGUAUAUCCUAACCAGUCUUUUCCAAGUUGCACACCAAUUGAUAAUGCUAAAUUAGUGCUUCAUAAGAUUCUGCCACCUUCAACGCCUUAUAUCAAGCCAUCCACAAGCUCCAUUAUACAAAAUAUCAUCAGAAAUAAUGAAAAUAGUGAUAUCCCAAAAGUUAAAUUACCAUCCUUCAAUGAAAUGGUUGCUAGAACACCUGAAUAUUUUCAAGCACAAUAUGUUCAUCAUUUUCAAUCACCAAAUAAAGUAAUAACACAUCCUACAGAGAUUCCCCAUACAGUACCAAGUUAUUACCCAUCGCCAGUUGGAAGUACAGCAUCAACUCCCUUAGGAAACACAUAUAGUUCGCCUUCAGGAGAAAGUCCCAAAAGGCAACAGUUACUUCAAAGCUACUACUUUGCAGCCCCCUUACAAUUACGUGAGAUUUCAAAUCAACCAAUUUGUACUACUCCAUUAUUACCUCUUACAGAUACAUCAUCUUCUGCUCCUAGUAGUAACAGUAGUAGCAGGAAAAAUAGUAAUGAUAUUUCAAGAGCUUCUUCUACAACAUCCUUACCUUCUCAAAAACAAUUGAAUGACGGGUACAUAAUAGGAUCAGGUAUGCCUUUACAGAAACAUUUAAGUAGGGAGAUAAGACAACGCAAAAAAUGCCCUGUUUGCGGUAAGAUGUGCUCUAGACCAUCUACUUUGAAGACACACUACUUGAUUCAUACUGGCGAUACACCAUUCAAAUGCACAUGGUCAGGGUGUCCCAAGGCAUUUAACGUUAAGAGCAAUAUGCUGAGACACGUCAAGAGUCAUGAAAAGAAAUUGAGUAAAAAGUUACAGACAAAGAUUGUUAAGGCAGGCAAGGAUCUUAUUUAA